GGUGUCGAGAAGAAGGAGAAGAAGAAGAAGAAUGGGAAGUGAAGCAAAAGGCAAUGGGAGUAAUGGAUCAGGAGGAGGAUUCAAGUCCAAGAUGGAGCAUUUUUUAUACAGUGGAGACAAGAAGCAUGUAAUGGCUGGGAUUGCUAUUAUCACUGUCAUUUUUGGUGUUCCUUGGUAUCUUAUGAACAGAGGAACAAAGCAUCAGUCCCAUCAAGAUUACUUGGAAAAAGCUGAUAAAGCACGGAGUGAAAGACUUUCCUCUGGUUCGACGUGAUGACCAUUCUGAAUUUUGCUUGAAAGAAUUUGUUUCCGAUGAGUGUUUUGGUAGUAGAAAGGUAUGAAGGCUUUUGGUGGUUGUGCACACUUUCCUUUACCUUUUGUUUGACAAAACUAUUUUACAAGGCCAGGAGGGUGAUUAACUUCUUUUGUCAUGAGAUACAUUAGGCAUAUGGUUAUCCGAUGAAAACUUGAAUAGUUCGGAAGUCACCAAGUCUAAAUAGAUGAUUUACCAAUGGAAAAUAUUAGUUUUUUGACAAUUUUGUAGAAUACACUAGUUGGAUGAAAAAAUAAGUAAGAUUCGUACUCUACAUAUGUUGGACCUGAUUAUCAGGUGAGCAUAUCAAGUAGUUUGAACGACAAAA